UCAUUGUAGCCCCAGCAGUGCCACCUGUCAGUGUCCAUCAAUGUCAACUGUCAGUGCCCAUCAGUGCCACACUAAUGCCACAUAUCAGUGCCUACCCGUGCACAUCAAUGCCACAUAUCAGUGCCCAUCAGAGCUGCCUUUCAGUGCCACCUAUCAGUGCCAGUCAGUUCCACCUAUCAAUGCCAGUCAGUAACAACUAUCGGUGCCAUGCCCAUCAGUGCCACCUAUCAGUGCCCAUCAGUGCAGCCUAUCAGUGCCCAUCACUGCAGCCUUAUUAGCGCACAUCAGUGAAGGAGAAAAAUCACUUAUUUACAAAAUUUUAUAA